CUCGAGUUUGCCCUUUCCCAACUUCAACGGGUCCUGGCUCUCGCAGUGAUACACACGCGUGCUGUCGGAUGGAGGCGACCGCCGCCCAUAGCAUCCGCGCGGUCUCGCAGGUGACGGUGCCGCCGCUGCACCCGGCAGCGUACGUCGCUCUCUCGCUCUCGGUGCUCGCCAUCUACCUCUGGCUCGUCCACGCCUUCGAGUCGUCCGUGCAUCUCCACCAGAAGAAGGACCGCGCGUCGCUCAUCGCGCGGCAGUUCUACCUCGAGCAGCGCAAGCGCCGGUCGCAGCAUCCGCCACGCCUCGACGCCAUCCCCGAAGAACGUCUCUCCAACACCACGUCAGCUGACGUCUAGGGUGCAAGUCUAGUAAUAUUUAGCGCUUUAUUUUGAGGCCGUCGGCUUGGGCUGCACCUCGAGCACAUAGCCCUUCUGGAGGUCGGCGAGGCGGUACGGACCAUACUCGACGCGGAUGAGACGCUUGACGAUGAGUCGCACGUGGGCGAGCGCCUUGCGUACUUCGCGG